AUGGUUCUCCUGUCACUUUGGUUGAUAGCAGCCGCUCUGGUAGAGGUUAGGACUUCAGCUGAUGGACAAGCUGGGAAUGAAGAAAUGGUGCAAAUAGAUUUACCAAUAAAGAGACAGAGUGAGUAUGAGCUGGUGACUCCAGUCAGCACAAAUUUUGAAGGACACUAUCUCUCCCAUAUUCUUUCUGCAAAUCACAAAAGGAGGUCACCGAGGGACGUGUCUUCCAACUCUGAGCAAUUGUUCUUUAACAUCACAGCAUUUGGAAGAGAUUUUCAUCUGCGACUAAGGCCCAAUACUCAGCUAGUAGCUCCUGGGGCUGUUGUGGAAUGGCACGAGACAUCUCUGGUGCCUGAGAAUAUAACUGACCCCAUUAAUGAUCAUCAAGCAGGAAAUGCUUCAGAAAGAAUCUGGAAAACAGAGCCUUUGCAGACUAACUGUGCUUAUGUUGGUGACAUCAUGGACAUUCCAGGAACCUCUGUUGCCAUUAGCAACUGUGACGGUCUGGCUGGAAUGAUAAAAAGUGAUGAUGAGGAAUAUUUCAUUGAGCCUUUGGAAAGAGGUAAGCAGAUGGAGGAAAAAAAUGGAAGGAUUCAUGUUGUCUACAAGAGAUCAGCAGUAGAACGGGCUCCCGUAAACAUGUCCCACGACUGCCAAUACAGAGAGUCGAAUCUGGGAGGCCCUGACGAUGUAGAUCCUAUUUCCAGCAGCAUUGACCAGCAGCUGAAGGAGGCAGUGAGACGCCGCAGACACACGGGAGAGAAUGACUACAACAUCGAGGUGCUGCUGGGGGUGGACGACUCCGUGGUCCGCUUCCAUGGCAAAGAGCACGUCCAGAACUACCUCCUCACCCUGAUGAACAUUGUGAAUGAAAUUUACCACGAUGAGUCCCUUGGAGUGCACAUAAAUGUGGUCCUGGUGCGCAUGAUAAUGCUGGGUUAUGCAAAGUCCAUCAGCCUCAUUGAAAGGGGAAACCCAUCCAGGAGCUUGGAGAACGUGUGUCGCUGGGCUUGCCAACAACAAAAGUCUGAUCCGAACCACUCUGAACACCACGAUCAUGCAAUUUUCUUAACCAGGCAAGACUUUGGACCUGCUGGAAUGCAAGGAUAUGCUCCAGUCACAGGCAUGUGUCAUCCAGUGAGAAGCUGUACCCUGAAUCACGAGGAUGGUUUUUCAUCUGCUUUUGUAGUAGCCCAUGAGACUGGCCAUGUGCUGGGAAUGGAGCACGACGGACAAGGCAACAGGUGUGGUGAUGAGACCGCUAUGGGGAGUGUCAUGGCCCCCUUGGUGCAAGCAGCGUUUCAUCGUUACCACUGGUCCCGGUGCAGUGGCCAAGAACUGAAGAGAUACAUCCAUUCCUAUGACUGUCUCCUUGAUGACCCUUUUGAACAUGAUUGGCCCAAACUCCCAGAACUUCCUGGAAUCAAUUACUCUAUGGAUGAGCAAUGUCGUUUUGACUUUGGGGUUGGUUAUAAAAUGUGCACUGCGUUCCGAACAUUUGACCCAUGUAAACAGCUGUGGUGUAGCCAUCCUGAUAAUCCCUACUUUUGUAAGACAAAAAAGGGACCCCCACUUGAUGGGACUGAAUGUGCUGCUGGAAAAUGGUGCUAUAAGGGCCACUGCAUGUGGAAGAACGCUAAUCAACAAAAACAGGAUGGCAGCUGGGGAUCCUGGACCAAAUUUGGCUCCUGUUCCCGGACAUGCGGAACUGGUGUCCGUUUCAGAACACGCCAGUGUAAUAAUCCCACGCCCAUCAACGGUGGUCAGGAUUGUCCUGGUGUUAAUUUUGAGUACCAGCUUUGUAAUACAGAAGAAUGCCCAAAACACUUUGAGGACUUCAGAGCGCAGCAGUGCCAACAGCGUAACUCCCACUUCGAAUUCCAGAAUACCAAGCACCACUGGUUGCCAUAUGAACAUCCCGACUCCAAGAAAAGAUGCCACCUUUACUGCCAAUCCAGAGAGACUGGAGAUGUGGUGUAUAUGAAACAGCUGGUGCUGGAUGGAACGCACUGUUCUUACAAAGAUCCAUACAGCAUAUGUGUGCGGGGAGAGUGUGUGAAAGUGGGCUGUGAUAAAGAAAUCGGUUCUACUAAGGUUGAGGAUAAGUGUGGCGUCUGUGGAGGAGAUAAUUCUCAUUGUCGAACCGUAAAGGGGACAUUUACCAGAACUCCCAAGAAGCUUGGGUACCUUAAGAUGUUUGAUAUACCCCCGGGUGCUAGACAUGUGUUAAUCCAAGAAGACGAGGCUUCUCCUCAUAUUCUUGCUAUUAAGAACCAGGCUACAGGCCACUAUAUUUUAAAUGGCAAAGGGGAGGAAGCCAAGUCGCGGACCUUCAUAGAUCUUGGUGUGGAAUGGGACUAUAACAUUGAAGAUGACAUUGAAACUCUUCACACAGAUGGACCUUUACACGAUCCUGUUAUUGUUUUGAUCAUCCCUCAGGAGAACGAUACCCACUCCAGCCUGACAUAUAAGUACAUCAUUCAUGAAGAUUCUGCACCUACAAUCAGCAGCAACAAUGUCAUCCAAGAAGAAUUAGAUACUUUUGAGUGGGCUUUGAAGAGCUGGUCUCAGUGUUCCAAACCCUGUGGUGGAGGUUUCCAGUACACUAAAUACGGAUGCCGUAGGAAAAGCGAUAAUAAGAUGGUUCACCGCAGCUUCUGCGAGGUCAACAAGAAGCCAAAACCUAUUAGAAGGAUGUGCAAUAUUCAAGAGUGUACACAUCCACUCUGGGUGGCCGAGGAGUGGGAGCACUGCACCAGAACCUGCGGGAGUUCCGGCUACCAGCUCCGCACCGUGCGCUGCCUGCAGCCACUCCACGACGGCACCAACCGUUCGGUGCACAGCAAGUACUGCUCUGCCGACAGGCCCGACAACCGGCGGCCCUGCAACCGCGUACCCUGCCCCUCCCACUGGAAAACAGGGCCCUGGAACGAGUGUUCGGUAACCUGCGGGGAAGGAACAGAGGUGAGGCAGGUCCUCUGCAGGGCGGGAGACCACUGUGCAGGGGAGAAGCCCGAGGCCGUCAGAGCCUGUCAGCUGCCUCCCUGUAAUGAUGAGCCAUGUUUGGGAGACAAGUCCAUAUUCUGUCAAAUGGAGGUGCUGACGCGAUACUGUUCCAUACCAGGUUAUAACAAGUUAUGUUGUGAGUCAUGCAGCAAGCGCGGUAGCACGCUGCCACCACCGUACCUUCCAGAAGCUGCGGGAACUCACGGUGAUGCUGUCUUGAACCCUAGCAACCUCCCUGGAGCUCUAGUGAUGCCUACAUCUUUGGUUCCUUACCAUCCGGAGCCCCCUGCCGAGAAGAAGAAAUCUCUGAGUAGGCUGUCUUCAGUGGGAGGUCCAAAUGCCUUCACUGCUUCCAGGCCACACAGUAAACCUGAUGGUGCUAAUUUCCCCCAGAGGAGAGCUCAGCAAGCAGCAAGUAGGACUCUGAGACUGGUGUCCCCAGCCACCAGGAGCGGCGCUCUCAACGCCUCCUCAGAAGUGCCCACUGCCCGCCUCCUCGCAGUGAGUGAUUCCACGGGUGCUGCUUCUCAGGCAAGAACCUCAAAGAAAGGUGACAAAAUUGCUGACAGGAGCCAUCCGGUCAGAUCAUCCGCUUUGGAAAGAUGA